AUGGUUAGUAGCAUGAUCCAGUUCCCAGGCUACAGUCAGUGCUUGGAGGGUAAAGAUCCAGUGCCAUUCGUUGACCAAAGAUGGAGUGGGAGUGCUCAGCAGCGCCUGCAGGCUCUUUAUCAGCUUGCUAUGGCUCAACCUUCUCUUCAAAUGCCUCAAAUUGUGUAUGAAGAUCCUGACGUUUAUGGAAGGAAUCGCUACAAGUAUUUUGCACGACCUCUCACCUCUUGUAAUAAGCUGCUUCCACUAAAUGGUACUUACGGAAUGGCAAAGACAGAGUCCUCUGUCAAUUCAGCUGCAAGAGACAGCAAGGUCUUUGGUCCCAAGUCACGAACUUUGGGCACACAAACGGAUUACAGGGAUGGUGAAACACAGACAGAUCCCUAUUCCCCUGAAUAUGUAAUUUCUGGUGGCUCAAUCCCUGAACUUCUGACACUUGUUACUCUCACUUGGGGUCGGGGGCUGCCAGCAGGACUAGCUGAGGUGGAGAUGAUUGAACGUGCCCGGGAAAAACGUGCAUGGGAAGCAACUCUUCCGGCCCUGGACAGUCCCUCAAAUAUUGUGAAGAGGAGGAAAAUGAUGGAAGAAAUGGAGAGGAAGGAGUGGGCCUUUAGAGAACAGGAAAUAGAAGAGUUGCAGGAGUUAAGACUGGAAAUCUUUAAGAAGCUGCUGUGGAGGCGAGAGCAGAAUCAGAAUGAGCUGCGUGACAAGCGCUUGGAAGAUCUCCGGCAAAAUCAUCAGAAGGCCAAGGAGGAGAAAAUGAAAAAGAUUCAGCAUGAAUAUGCACUGAUGCUCAGGAAACUGGUAGCUAAGAGGAAGAAUUUGAUGGGGAAGCUGGAGAGACGAGAUAUCAUCAAAGAAUAUACUGACUUGGCAUCACAAACGUAUGCUCCUUUGUCUAGAAAUGGUUAUUUCCCAGACAACCAUUCUGACCGCUAUGUGGUACAAAACUUUUAUCUUAACACCUUUGAAGGACUGUAUGAACUGGAAGCAUCUCUCCCAGAUUCUGUCACCCACGUCAAGAUUAAAGCUCCAAAACCUAAGUGCACUAUCACUAAGACUGGAUAUGUUAAAAGGUCAGCAAGACUGGAGGUGGACCUGGCACGGAUGCACCAGGCACUGCUAGAGAAGAAGAACAAAGUCAAGGAGCCAAAGAAGGCCCUUCGUCUCCUUGAAAAAAUAGAAAAGCCUGUUCCUCGGCCCCUCACUCCAAUCCUAGAAGGGCCAUCAAUUGAGGAAGAGGAAACAGAACUGGCAGUGAUCUGUCUGCAGAAGCUGCUCCGAGGCAGGGCGAUUCAGAACAUGAUGUUUGAAGGGAAGGAGAAGCGGCUGGACCUGAUCCAGGAACUGCGCACCACUCAUGCACUCCAGGAGGAUGGAUGGCUGCGUCUGAAGGCAGAGAAGGAGAUGAUACUGGCCUUACAGCAACAGCGUGACUUGAAAAUGCACAAGAUGUCACAAGUAGAAAAGCACUUGGCCAGGGAAGAAGGAAGGGUACUGGCAAACAUGCUUGAUUUCUUGUCCAAAGAGCUGGUGAGGCUGCAAGAAGAACGGAAGAUCCAUGCUUUUGUCAUGCUGGCUGAGAGGCAGAGGCGGAUGCGGGAGGCGGAGGAGAGCGGGCUUCGUCAGCUGGAGGAGAGGCAGCGCCUGGAAGCAGAUGAGCUCUUCAGACAGGUGGUGAAAAUGCACCAGAGCACUAUUGACUCCUACUUGGAAGAUGUUAUCCUGAAUUGCAUGGAGGACACAGCUGAAGAACAAGCCAGGGAAGAGGUUCAGAGACUGGCUGUAGAAGUCAACAACAUUGCUUACGAAAUGGAAAGUCGUCUAACUCGCCUACAGUCAGAAGAGAUUGUAGCAGAGCUGGUUUUUUAUUUCCUGAUUCCAGAAGCUGAGAAGAUGUCUAUCAGAGAAAAAGUGAGGCUGGCCCAAAGAAAACACAUCUAUGCUGCUCAUCAGCUCAUCCACAGGGACACAGAGGGGGUACUGGCUGAUCUGACACAGCAUGGGAAGACAUCUGCCAGCAGGUUAAAGGAGACAGCCAGCACUGCUUGGAGUGGGACAGCUGCUGGGCCAAGUGCAGCUGACAGCACUGGCUCUGUCCCAGUUGCAUCAGAACAGGCUAAACCUCUGGGCCAGGAAAGCCCAGAAGAGACAGCAGUGAAGCUUUCUGAUGAAUCAGACAAGGAUUCCACAGCCUCCUAG